AUGCAGCGCCAAGCGCACAGACUGGCUUUGGUUCCUUUCCAGCCAUUCUAUCAUGUCACAAACCACUCCUGCAAAGAACAGCUGAGUUAUAACUUUAGCCCACACCCCAUCGACGAUCAGCAUCACCUCAGGGAGCAUGUCCAUCAAGAACAAGUGUUCUAUAAUGUGCCUAGCUCACUCUCACACGCUCCCGCCCGGCCGGUCCGCCCCGCCGCUCGGAGCCCCGGGGGCGGAGGAGCCGCCCCGCUGCGCGCCGCCCCCGCCCCGCCGCCGCCCGGGGCUGGCCGCCGAGGCACGGAGAGGAGCCUCCCCACGGGCGGGCCGAGCCUGGGGCUGGGGCUGGGGCUGGGGCUGGGGCUCGGCCCUGAGCGGUGCGGACCGGCCGCCCCAUGCGGGCUCCGUCCCCCGCGGCCGCUCGCCGCCGCUGCCGCCCGCGCCGGGAUGGAGGAGCCGGGCAGCCGCCGGCGGCCGCUGCCCGUCCUGCUGCUCUGGGUUAAUGGUCUAAUGACGCUUGGAUUUGCAGGUGCACGUCAACAGACUGAGCUCUGCAAUGAAUCUCUCAUGUUAGAAAAGUUGCCUGCCUGUGGGAAAUUCUUUGAAGAGAUGAUGAAGAAAGUGGACUCAAAAAAGUGGUGCAACCUGACAGAAUUUAUCAUGUAUUACGACAACUUUACUCAGUGCACAGAACGUGAAGCCAACAAUGCAAGUUGCUUUUGGCCAAACCCCCUUGCAGAAGGCUUUAUCACUGGAAUUCAUAAACAGUUCUUUUCAAACUGUACUUCAGAGAAGGUUCACUGGGAAGAUCCACCGGAUGAAAUUCUCAUAACACUCAUCUUGAUCCCAGUCAUGUUGACAUGUGCCAUGAUAACACUGGUAGUAUGGUGCAGCAAGAGAAGUGAUAUCCUGGUGUAAGUUCUUCCUCUGGGCUUUCUUUUUCUUCAUAUCUUUAUUCCCUAAACACUGAGAAGAGAAUGAAGAGAGGAACUUGGCAUAAGGAUUUCAUAUCUGCUGAAAUGGAACCAGUGAGAUGCUCCUGUGAAAGAAGAGCUGCCUGCUGCUGUUGCAAGUCACUGCUUCUGUCUUACCAUGAGUGUUGCUGGUGGAGAACUUUACUUCCAUUGAGCCUCAUCAGUGUGGAAUUCACAGGCAGCUCCCAGAAACAGGAGAGUUCCCAGGCAAAUGGACCCCCGUCUGCAAAAGGGAUAAAGUUACUUUUCUAUGGGUAAAGCUGGCUGGUAAAGUUUUGCAAAGCUGUAUGUGCAUAAUACUGACUGUGAGGGAAAUUACAUCCCUUGAGGUUUUGUGCAGGACACUCGAAGUUUUCGUCUGUAACUUGGCAAGAUCACUGGCAAACGAGCUGAUUAACCUGCAUAUAACCAGGUGGCAGCUUUUCCUAGAAGCUAGUCAAGAUCAUCAUUAUCAAAACUGGGAAGUAUUGUUCUGGCAAAGAAACAAUUUAUGUAUCCAGUGACUGUCUGCACAGGGAAAUUAUCAUGCCACAUUAUAAAACAGUUUAUAAAAUUCCUUUAAGCACGGCUGCUUGGAACUGUAUGUCUUACAAACAAACUCUGGGAGGAUGUACAGGUCUUACUUUACAGAGCUGGAAAAUGUGAGAGGAAAUUGGUUGAUUAUAAAUAUACUGAGAAGUAAUGAAGAAACUUUCAUAUGCCAGACUCUUUAUUUUUCCUCUUUUAUAAUUAUUAUUCUUGAUGACUUGUGUUCACUGUAUACUCCCCACACUCACUUCAAUUUGUGCAAGUGAUAUCCUACAAAUAAAUAUAAAGGUGUCAUGUUGAUUGAGGUGCCUUUCAGAGUAUUGUACAUAAAUAAUUCUUUGUCCUGUGGAGAGUGUGGGAACUAAAGUAUGAACAUCAAAACUUGGAAUAGAAGUAGAAGGAAAGAGAAAAAAAUCCAACUCAGAAAUCUUAUUCUAUCAAGUUAUGUAAUAGUUGAAAUAAAGAUCAUAUGCUCAAAACAGAAGAACUUUGUGUUUCAAGCCUUCCUUUCACAACAUGCCUUUCAGUCCAAUGCUCUUCUAUGACAAGUGUGCAAUGUCUGAUACAAGUGAAUUUUUGUUUUUCCAUACCUUAUGCACACAAAUAAAAUACAGUUAAAUGGCUAAGCAAUUGCAUUUUAUAUACUUUAGAUUUUCUUUAGAUUUAAGAUUCAGGCUCUGUGUUUGAUACUUAGGUCUGUGAGUAUGAAAAGCAUUUCCAUGCUUGAAUCGAAUUAGAAGUGCUCAAUUUGCUAGAUUAUUUAUUCAUUGUAUAUAGAUAAAUAAAUAACCCCUGUAAGCUGUA